AUGUACUUUGUACUCUAAGUCAAAUUUCUGUUUUARAAGUAAACAACUUAAGAAAGGCAAAUGUAUUUGACCUGAUUUAAGAGCUUUUACUUUUAUGAUUUCUUCUACAUUUCGCUUUAAUAGAUUGCUAGAAUGCACAAGUCGAUGGAUGAAUGCCAAAUUACGUAACUGCAAGAUGGCGACCCUGGAAUCCCUACACUUUGACAACUUAGCUUUGCGAGCUCUUCCYUUGGAUCAAGAGAAAGAAAACUUUGUCAGACAGGUUUCUGGUGCAUGUUUCUCUCUUGUGGAUCCUACUCCUGUCAAGAACCCAAUUACUGUAGCUGCAUCUCAUAGCGCAUUAUCAUUGAUUGAUCUGUCAGAGAAUGAAUUUCAGAGGAAAGAUUUUGCAGAAUUCUUUUCUGGUAACAAACUACUGCCAGGCUCWAAGACWGCAGCACACUGUUACUGUGGACAUCAAUUUGGACACUUUUCUGGACAGCUUGGCGAYGGAGCAGCAAUUUAUCUUGGCGAGGUUAUUAAUAAGCAGGGAGAGAGAUGGGAAAUUCAGUUAAAGGGAGCUGGUCUUACUCCAUAUUCUAGACAUGCAGAUGGUAGAAAGGUUCUAAGAUCAAGUAUUAGAGAAUUUCUCUGCAGCGAGGCAAUGCAUCAUCUUGGAAUCCCAACAACCAGAGCUGGAUCUUGUGUAACAUCAGACACAGUGGUACCAAGGGAUAUAUUUUAUAAUGGCAAUACUAUAGCUGAGAAAGCUACUAUAGUCAUGAGAAUGGCACCAACAUUUUUAAGGUUUGGCUCCUUUGAAAUAUUCAAACCAWCAGACAGAAUCACUGGACGUAAAGGGCCAAGCGUAGGUAAAAUGGACAUACUGCAUCAAAUGCUGGAUUAUACAAUCAAGACAUUUUUCACUGAGAUUCACGAUGCUCACUCACAUAACAAUGAAGAUAAAUACUUAGCUUUCUACAAAGAGGUUGUCAUCAGGACARCCAAGCUUGUUGCUUUAUGGCAAAGUGUUGGCUUUUGUCAUGGUGUAUUAAAUACAGACAACAUGAGUAUCGUGGGCGUUACUAUAGAUUAUGGGCCAUUUGGGUUUCUGGAUUACUUUGACAAGGACCAUUUAUGCAAUGAAUCUGAUUCUGACAGAGGGAGAUAUUCCUACAGAGCUCAGCCUGAGAUAUGUAAGUGGAACCUAGAGAAACUAGCUGAAGCAAUACAAGGAGCUUUACCACUUGAGAGGUCAAAGGCUGCUUUGGAAGAACUAUAUGAUAAAGAAUACCAAUCUGCUUACUUGUCAAAAAUGAGACUUAAGCUUGGUCUGUUGAAUCAAAAUUAUGAAGAAGAUGAGGAAUUGAUUGAAUCUCUAUUUGAUAUAAUGCAAGAAACAGGAGCAGACUUUACCAACACAUUCAAUUGUUUGCAUAGAGUCAAACCACUAGGAGAUGACAUGAAUCAACAAAACAACAAGGAGGUCAUUGAAUAUAUUGUGAGCCAAUGUCAGACUUUAAAUGAGUUAAAAAAGACUAUGCAGCCUUCAAUGGGAGACAGGCAAAUGCAGAUGUUUCUGAUGCUCAUUCAAUCUAAUCCUGGCUUAAUGGAGCAACUAGGUGGAAGCYUGGCAUCAAUACAAAAGGAAAUGGAGAAGAUAGAUAAUCUACGUAAGCUCAAGGAUAUGAAAGCCAGUGACAAGAUUGAAAAAGAUAACAARCUGUGGAGUGAAUGGAUAUUAAAAUAUAGUAAUCGUGUUGAAGCAGACUUAAAAGAUGCUGUAGACAGUGAAAAGGCUAGAAAGGACCGUCAAAAUGCUAUGAAAUCAAAUAAUCCAAGGUUCAUUCUAAGAAACUACAUAGCACAGAAUGCUAUAACUUUAGCAGAGAAAGGAGACUUCUCAGAGGCAAGUUCAUGCAAUACUUUAAGAUURAAGUUAAAUUUACCRAUUUGYUUUGCYUCUUUUGGCCUUUUAAAGUUCCAWUUUUAUUUCUACAAAUUUCAGACUGGCAACUAAGCUGUUGAUACAAAUUUUACAGAAUAUAWCAUUACUAUUGAUUUGUUAAAUGGAAKAAUUUCUGAUUAMUUUUUUUACCCUCURAAGGUCCAACGWGUUUUGAAGCUUCUUGAAACUCCUUACAGUGAUKACACAGAACUCUCUCCUUCUYCAUCUGUSCAAGCAGUAGACCAUGGAGAGGRCUCAGCAAGCUGCAGYACCCAMGCUAGUCCUGCAGURCCAUGCAGCUAUGACCAGAAACCUCCUGAUUGGUCAUUGGAYCUGAGAGUCACAUGAUCAUCGUAAUGACAUCACCAUUAUGUAAYRAUACAACYACAAYCACUCUUAUUAUUCAAGUAAAGCCUGAAAUUAAUAGGCGAUAUGCAUUAUGGCGUCAUUUACUACAACUACCAGAAUGCUUUGCCAACUUUCUUUUGUAAUGCAAUUAGUGCCAAUUGYUUUMUURAUYUCCAAGDKGAUUAAAAAUCUGAAUAACAAUGAAAAUGYGCAAGGCUCUCUGGUAGUUGYAGUAAAGUUACAUCAKARUGCAAACRRCCUAUUGUAAAGUCAUAGAAUCAUAGAAUAAGCAGAAUAAUAAUCAUUGAUAGUUUUUUUUGUUAUACAAAAACUUCAAAUGCCUAGUUUAGUUUUUYCACACAAGUUGAAUGAAAUGAGUUGCAGGUUGUAUCAAAAUGGYGAUGUAUUUUAAUUUUAUGAGUUAAAUCAGCUACAURCUCUKCAUUCCCRAAUAGAAAUUCGGAUGAAUUGUGAUGCUGUUGCAUCCAAUGUCCAGAGUCUUGAAAAGACAAUAAUUUUUAGUUAGGGAUUUUGAUGAUGGCACCUUCUGAAACCACAYUUUGUGGCAUGUUUGUGCUUGAUGUAAAGAGUUUGGCUGUCGUAUAAUCAAUUUUAAAUAAUAUAGUAAUAAUUACAAAAAAAGGUUAUUUAUUUAACGAGGGCUGGUUGCCUUCAUCAGAGAUCAUACAGCGUGAACAGGCCUUGCUGUAAAAAGGUCAAUUUAAAAUUAUUCAAUUGUAUGUGGAUUAUAAAAAAUGGGAAUUUUUUCAUUUUUUCRGAACAGUAUAUAGAAGUACUCUGCUUUGUUUGCAUUUUGAUCUAUAAAUGAGGUAGAAAAUAUGUAUAUUAUGUAUUACCUAGUMAAUAAAAGUACUUUACCAUU